GUGCCAGGCGGGGCUGUGCGGAGCAGCUGAGCGCAGAGCGGAGCACCAGGCACCUAGCGGGCCGGACUCUGGGCGGCACCCGAGCGGGCCGGGCAGCAGUGGGCGCUCGCGAUCCUCCUCUGCCCAACGCGCUCUCCCUCCGGGCCCGGCCUCCUCCGUCCCCUCCUUUUGCUCCCGCUCCUCCUCCCGCUCCUCCCCUCCUCGGGAUUGAGCACCAAAACGCCCGCCUGCAAGGUCCUCUGCGCCCUGGCAGCCAGGAGUCGCCGCCACGACCGCCGGGUCUCAGUGGGUGCCUGCGCCUUCUCCCCGCCCGCCUGCCCCGGGCCAUCCAGAAACUUGCUCUACCCGCCGCGGGUGCUCGGCAGUGCUGCCCAUGGCCCAGCCCAGGAGCCUAUUUAGGGCGCCGGACGGGCUGGACAGAGGCGCGGCUCAGUAAUUGAAGGCCUGAAACGCCCAUGUGCCACUGACUAGGAAGCUUCCCUGCUGCGGCACUUCAUGACCCAGCGGCGCGCGGCCCAGUGAAGCCACCGUGGUGUCCAGCAUGGCCGCGCUGCUCCUGGGCGCGGUGCUGCUGGUGGCCCAGCCCCAGCUAGUGCCUUCCCGCCCCGCCGAGCUAGGCCAGCAGGAGCUUCUGCGGAAAGCGGGGACCCUCCAGGAUGACGUCCGCGAUGGCGUGGCCCCAAACGGCUCUGCCCAGCAGUUGCCGCAGACCAUCAUCAUCGGCGUGCGCAAGGGCGGCACGCGCGCACUGCUGGAGAUGCUCAGCCUGCACCCCGACGUGGCGGCCGCGGAGAACGAGGUCCACUUCUUCGACUGGGAGGAGCAUUACAGCCACGGCUUGGGCUGGUACCUCAGCCAGAUGCCCUUCUCCUGGCCACACCAGCUCACAGUGGAGAAGACCCCCGCGUAUUUCACGUCGCCCAAAGUGCCUGAGCGAGUCUACAGCAUGAACCCGUCCAUCCGGCUGCUGCUCAUCCUGCGAGACCCGUCGGAGCGCGUGCUAUCUGACUACACCCAAGUGUUCUACAACCACAUGCAGAAGCGCAAGCCCUACCCGUCCAUCGAGGAGUUCCUGGUGCGCGACGGCAGGCUCAAUGUGGACUACAAGGCCCUCAACCGCAGCCUCUACCACGUGCACAUGCAGAACUGGCUGCGCUUCUUCCCGCUGCGCCACAUCCACAUUGUGGACGGCGACCGCCUCAUCAGGGACCCUUUCCCUGAGAUCCAAAAGGUCGAGAGGUUCCUAAAGCUGUCGCCGCAGAUCAAUGCUUCGAACUUCUACUUUAACAAAACCAAGGGCUUUUACUGCCUGCGGGACAGCGGCCGGGACCGCUGCUUACAUGAGUCCAAAGGCCGGGCGCACCCCCAAGUCGAUCCCAAACUACUCAAUAAACUGCACGAAUAUUUUCAUGAGCCAAAUAAGAAAUUCUUCGAGCUUGUUGGCAGAACAUUUGACUGGCACUGAUUUGCAAUAAGCUAAGCUCAGAAACUUUCCUACUGUAAGUUCUGGUGUACAUCUGAGGGGAAAAAGAAUUUUAAAAAAGCAUUUAAGGUAUAAUUUAUUUGUAAAAUCCAUAAAGUACUUCUGUACAGUAUUAGAUUCACAAUUGCCAUAUAUACUAGUUAUAUUUUUCUACUUGUUAAAUGGAGGGCAUUUUGUAUUGUUUUUCAUGGUUGUUAACAUUGUGUAAUAUGUCUCUAUAUGAAGGAACUAAACUAUUUCACUGAAAAAAAAAAAAGAUUUUUUCUGGAGACGCUAUCUUUUUUUGAAUAUAAUUAACUUGCCCCCAACUCAAAAUAGCUGUCUGUGUUGCAAUCAUUGCAAAAUCUAAAUUCUUUUGUUACUUAAAAAAACAUGUUUUUCAUGGCUAUUAUAAUCCUCUCUCUCCCCUCUCCUUUCUGCAUUGCUCUUUUUAAUUUUUAAUGUCUCAUUGUGAUCAUCAGAUUUAUUUUUACUUGGAAUGUAAGAUUUAUCUCCUCGGCGAUUCCUUGUCAUUUUUGGAGGUCAGAGUUUUACCCAUUCCCACGUGUAAACUUCAAGUAAACAAAGCAAUAUUCAGGAUGGAGAAGCAGUUAGUGACUGGCUAGAGGUCUCUUGGGAUCCAUCUUGACCUCAAAGAAUAUUUGCACAUGCUUCUGAUCUCAGCAGUUAUAAUAAAGAGGAUUAAACCCUUGGCCUUCAGAA